UCGGCGACUACUGGGUUGUCAUGGAGCGGCGGGGCUAGACUGGCGCAUGCGCCGCCUGACGUGCAGGUUGGUCGUGGAGCGGCGACCUCGGCCCUAGGGCAAUCCAGAUGCGUUUGCUUCCUGCCCAGUAGGUCAUGGAGAGGAGAAACCCACCCAGAGAGAGCCCCAGAAGACUCUCGGCCAAACUAGGCAAAGGCGCAGAGAUGAAGAAGGUGGCUCGGCAGCUCGGCAUGGCAUCUGCCGAGUCAGACAAGGACUCCGGAUUCUCAGAUGGGAGUUCGGAAUGUCUGAGCUCGGCCGAGCAGGUGGAGUCCGAGGACAUGCUGGGCGCCCUGGGCUGGAGCCGGCAAGGCCGGCCGAGGCAGAGCUCCAAGGCUGCAAGCAGUGCCUUCCCUACACUGUCCCCCAUGGUCGUCAUGAAGAACGUGCUGGUGAAACAGGGCGGCAGCUCCCCCCAGCUCCAGUCGUGGACCGUCCAGCCCUCCUUCGAGGUCAUCUCGGCACAGCCACAGCUCUUGUUCCUCCACCCCCCCGUACCGUCUCCUGUCAGCCCCUGUCACGCUGGCGAGAAAAAGUCGGACUCCAGGAACUACUUGCCCAUUCUGAAUUCUUACACCAAAAUCGCCCCACAUCCAGGCAAAAGGGGCCUCUCCCUCAGCCCCAAAGAAAGAGAACGUGGAGUGCAGAAGAAAAUCCGUACCGAGAGACCGGGGCCGAGCCUGCCUGCCCGCGAGCCCACCAAGACUGGCGCCGUGUCCUCCAGCCCCCCGCCUGCAGCACCCCCCGGCACCAAGCUGGCGGAGGACUCGGCUCUGCAGGGUGUGCCCUCCGUAGUGGCAGGUGGAAGUCCACAGACUCUUCAGCCGGUGUCCAGCAGCCACGUGGCUAAAGCUCCCAGUCUGACCUUUGCUUCCCCCGCCAGUCCUGUCUGUGCAUCAGACAGUACUCCACAUGGGCUAGAGAGCAACUCCCCGCUUUCACCGCUGUCAGCCAAUUAUAGCUCACCUUUGUGGGCCGCAGAGCACCUCUGCCGCAGCCCAGAAAUCUUCUCAGAGCAGCGACAGAGCAAACACAGGCGCUUUCAGAACACCCUAGUAGUCCUGCACAAGUCCGGCUUGCUGGAGAUCACUUUGAAAACCAAGGAGUUGAUUCGUCAGAACCAGGCAACUCAGGUGGAGCUAGACCAACUAAAGGAGCAGACGCAGCUGUUGCUAGAGGCCAUCAAGAGCAGGGCUCCUCAGGCUUGGGCCAAGCUGCAGGCGUCCUUAACAUCCGGGUCUAGUCAUACUGGCAGUGACCUAGAAGCAUUCUCUGAUCACCCAGACAUGUAGCACAGAAGGCAUAUUUUCCUGUUACUUGAGUGGCUCUUUUUAACUCUUUUGCUGUUACCUUACUCCUGUUUCCCAAGGCUUAUGUAAGAGCUUUUCCUUCUACACCUAAAUCGUUCAGCGGUUCACUUAUGAAGCCACCUGCCAAGACCUGGCUGCUGUCUUAACCUGUGGUCUGUGCACAGUUUACAUAUGUCUCUCUUCCACUGGGGGCCUCAGAUUCGGGGUGUCCUUGAGUCCCUUUUCCUUAGGCUGCAGGCACUUGGGUGGAUCAUGGGGCAAAGCAGGAGAGAUGACUGUGUGAGGUUCUUCUGACUGUCACCUCCCACCACCCCCCUCGCAAACCGUGAUCAGAGGUGCAGGGACAUGGAUGAGUGUACAGAGUGGUGCCUGUCCAGCCAGGAGUGGGUGACAUAAGGAUCCCUUCACAUAUCUUCCCUUGAAUGUCUUAGAGAAAAGUCAGAGAAAAGUGAGAGGAGGCGUGUUUGCAUUCCUAAGGCAUCAUGACAUUUGGACGAAACCUGAAAUGCUUUGGGCACAGGUCGGGCCUCGGGUGCAGGCACUUAAUCACUUAAAGCUUUGUUUUCUUAAACCUGAAAGUCAAGAGGAAAGCGUAGUUGCAUUUCACCCUUCCACUUUCAUCACAAACCUGGUCUCCCUUCAUUUAAACUGGUAGGCAAAAUAACUUCAGAUUUUUAGAGUAUGGAAAGGAUUCAGCACCACCUGGAAUCACAGUGGAUGAAUUGCUUUUCAGACUUAGAGCCUGGAGAAAGACGUCGUCAGUAUCUCUGGUCAGGAGCUAGAGGAUUCUGGUAAUUUGUGCCUUUUUUCUUUCUCCUUUUGAAACAAUGCAACAGGCUUUAUGUGUGAAAAAAUUUUAAUUUAAGAGAAUCAUCUGUUUGUUGUUGCACUUAUUUAUGCCUUCAUUGGUUGAUUCUUGAAUAUGCCCUGACUGGGGAUUGAACGCACAAGCUUGGUAUGUUGGGAUGAUGCUCUAACCAGCUGAGCUACCUGGCCAGGGCUUAUGUGUGAACAUCUUAAGGAUAGCUUCAUGGUUCCUGAGAGUAAGUUAGUGUAAGUUAACCCUCUGCUGCCACUUCUUUUUUCUUUUGUUUUUCUAAAAGAGGAAACAAGUGAUUAUUAAGUUUGAUAGACUUAGGAUUAAAAUCAUCCUGAGAUUAUGAGCUCUACACCCACAAAAUUGGGAAACAUCCUUAUCAGUCUUCUUUUUGCCUCCAAAGUCUUCAUGUGUCCCAUGUGUCGCACAGUGACCUGGCUUGGCUGGGGAGUCGCGUCUGCUGUGCUUCCACGCAUUGGAUGUUGGCAGCAAACCAAAAGGUGUAGUGUUACUUACAUGAAGUUCAUCUGGGAAUGGAGGGCGUGAUGAGAAUUUACAGGUGAUGCCCAUUCUUUUAGCUUCAUUGGUAAGGUAAACUAGAUUUCUAAUAGCAAAGUUUCAAAGUUUUUCUCAUUUAAAAAUUUCAUCUUCUUGAAAAUCUAAGUAACAACUUCUGGAUGACCAGCUUUUCUGCGAGGAAAAUGUUCUUGAAGUUUUACCAAGGCCAGAAAGAAGCUAAAGCUCAUAUUUGCUAGGUAUUGGUGACUCUAACGUAGUUGAAAAGUUACUAGGUUUUGCAUUGUCUACACUUUGUUCUCAAACAUGCAUGAGUUAGAUAAAACAAGACCGAUUUACAAGUAAACAACUUGAUAAAAUCUAUACUCUCCUGAUCAAUGCAGAAUUAUUACCUGCCAUUUGCUUUCUGAAAGCGUUUCAAAAAGUCAGAGCAACUGUGUCUUUAAGCAGACCCAGCUCCUUCAAAUAAUUUUGUCCUGACCUGCCCCCUUUUGCCUCCCCGGCAUCCCUGGUACUGCAGCAGCCCUGCUCUGCCCACCAUGGCAGGAGGCGUCCUUUUUGGUAGCAUGUGUUUGGCAGCGAAACGAUAGAGACAGGUGCAUUCAGAACAGCCUAGGCACGAGUCGUGAGUCUUAGUGUCAAAAAUCUGAGCAUAGUUGCUGAGAACCAAAUGUAUUCCAUCGGAAAAACCCUCUGUGGAGCUACAAGCCUCUGGUACUCUUCUUCCUAGACUAAGGUUUGCAUUUCCCUACCUGUCACAGAAAAAGAUGAUGAAAGCCAUUGUUGAUCCUCACUGUGGAGUGGCAGGACGAGGCAGCCUCACCCCCAGCUCUUCUCCAGUCUUAGCGCUGGAAUCCCUCUAGGCUCUUAGCAUCGGUGUUCUUUCCCCAGGGGAGCUGAAGGCAAGUGAAGCCAAUUAGAGAAGCUAGAUCUGGGAAGGAGAACCCAUUGAAACUAGCAGACACUUGGGGCGGGGAGCCAGAUCUGCAAAUGGAGGAACCUUGGAGUUGACCAGGAAGACCUCCAUUGGUUGCACAAAGCUGUAAGUAGUAAUGGUCUUAGGGGCGUCUGGUUUGAUCUGGUAUGACGUCCUGUGGCAGAGCCACUGUUUGCUGACAGAAGACUUUCUUAGCUCAAACCAGUCCUUAAGAGAACUUUUGGCAGAUUUUGUUGGCAAUAUUGAAACACAUCUAGAAAAAGCUGCUGAUUGAAUUUGUUAUGGGAAUGGAGUUUAAUGACGUUGUAAUUUAUUACACUCUCAUUGCUGUUUAUUGAUCAUAGUAUUGUCUGACUUUACUCUGAUUCCUUCAGCGGAAAAGUAACUCUUGUGCAUAUACUGAAGUGUUUUUCCAGCUAUGAAUUCUUUAGGGUAGAGGUUUAUUUACCAAAUGUGAAUUCUUUUGAGGAAGUAUGAAGUUUUGUAGAAAUUGACUGUGAAUUGUCAGACAAAAAUAAAAGUGACUUACUUGAAAA